GGCAAUGAAAGAACACGUCUUCGCUGCGACAACUAAACCUCGACCUCAGUGAUGGACAUCCUGGAGGCUGUCUCCACGUGUAUCGCCGUGUUGUGCGGGUGAGGUGGUUCACGUUCACACGGCGACCUUCGUCCCCCCCCACCCCGUGGCACUACGUUGCCCAGAAUCCUUCGCGUCCACGUCGAAAACCGACGAAGAGGUCAAAACAGAACCGGCGAGUGAACGACAGGCAGCGCGUGUGCUGGAGACACUGUGCCUCAGAUGGCUGGUCGACUCCUCAAAGUCUCCUCUCUGGCUACUGUGGCAUUUGCCUCGUCUGGGUUUUAUCUGUACAGCCGACAGCUGGACCUCAAUGACCUGAGUAUCAUCCGCUUCGGACGAGCCGCUGCCACUACGGUGGUUAUCAGCUACGACUACCUGACUGCUUUCAAACAUGUGGAACACGGCACAGAUGAAUACUGGGCGCUCAAGUCCAAGGUUCACCGGCGGUCAGCAGAGCGUCUCCUAGAUUUGUGCUGUGCCAAUCGUGGCACUUUCAUCAAGGUAGGCCAGCACCUCGGUGCUCUGGACUACCUGCUGCCUGAGGAGUACACAUCCACGCUGAAGGUGCUUCACAGCCGAGCCCCUCAGAGCAGCAUGGAGCAGAUCCGGCAGGUCAUCAGAGAAGACCUCGGUAAGGAGCUGUCCGAGUUAUUUGUCUCCUUUGAGGAGAAGCCUCAGGGUACAGCCUCCUUAGCCCAGGUCCACAAGGCAGUGCUUCAUGAUGGAAGGACAGUGGCUGUCAAGGUCCAACACCCCAAAGUCCAGAGACAAAGCUCCAAGGACAUAGUGGUGAUGGAGGUAUUGUUGAGGGCAGUCCAUAAGCUAUUCCCUGACUUUGCCUUCAUGUGGUUGGUGGAAGAGGCCAAGAAGAACAUGCCACUGGAGCUGGACUUCAUCAAUGAGGGACACAAUGCAGAGAGGGUGGCCAGCAUGCUAGCCCACUACCCCUUCCUCAAGGUUCCCAUGAUCCACUGGGAUCUGUCCACAAAGAGGAUCCUGACCAUGGAGUUUGCUGAGGGUGGCCAGGUCAAUGACAAAGACUACAUGAAGAAACACGGCAUCAACGUCAAUGAGAUCUCAGAGAACCUGGGUAAGAUGUACAGUGAAAUGAUCUUCGUCCACGGCUUUGUUCACUGUGACCCGCAUCCAGGCAACGUGUUGGUCCGAAAGUGUCCCCAGAACAGGAAGACAGAGAUUGUCCUGCUUGAUCACGGCCUUUAUCAGAUCCUCAAACCAGAAUUCAGGUUGGACUACUGUCGGCUGUGGCAGGCUCUGAUUGACAGCAACAUGUCCAAGGUGGAGCGCUACAGCCGCAGACUGGGAGCUGGAGAUCUGUACCCGCUUUUUGCCUGCGUCCUUACUGCUCGCUCUUGGACCGCAGUCAAUGCUGGCAUCAGCUCUGUGCCUGUCACACACAAUGAGGAUGUUGAGAUUCGGACCAACGCGGCUCUGUACCUGCCCCAGAUCAGCGAGCUCUUGAAUCGAGUGCCCCGUCAGAUGCUGCUGCUGCUGAAGACCAAUGACCUGCUGAGGGGCAUCGAGACCACCUUACAGACCAGAGCCUCGUCCUCGUCCUUCAUCAACAUGUCCCGCUGCUGCAUACGUGCCUUGGCCAGGCACAAGAAGAGCAAGGCUCAGUCCAGGAGGAGGCGUCUGCAGAUAAAGCUGGCUGAAACUCUCAGCCUGGGGAAACUCACUCUCUAUGAACUGUUUUUGUGGGUGAAGAGCUUCAUGUCGGUACGCUGGCUCACUGCAUUGCUGCCAUUUCUGCACUGACACACAUGGACUUCAGACUUGAGCAUCAGCAACACGCCGCAACAGAUGACUCCGGGCUGGUUUGUGAUACAUUGUGUAAUGAAUCAAUUUAAAUAUGUGCACAAACACACACGCCCAAUACAUCGUGAUGCUUUUUAACACCAGAACUUUUACAUGUGCUGAGGUCGAUUUCUCAUGAUUAUGUCAUAAUUGGGUUUCUUUUAUUUAAGAUAAGUACAUUUUUGUUUUGUUUGUUUUUACUCUCAAGUUCAGAAUAUACUGUCAGAUAAUUAUGUAUCUCUUAAAUGUUUCUUAUUUGCAAUAUUCAUUGUGCAUGAGACCAAAACCAGCUCGGAAAGGUGCUGCGCAGACGUAAUGUGUGUGUGGGUAAACUGCAGUUUGUCAAGAAAUAGUUCUGUCACAUUACUGGAACCACUUGUUCCUGACUCAGCCUCCACACACUGACAUGAGAUUAACAUCCAUGUCCUCAUCUCAGUUUCAGAAAAAAGCAGUUCUGCACAUUUUCCAAAAAACUCAACUAUCAAACCAUGAUAAGAUACCAUUUGAUAUUUCAUCAUAAUACGAUAUAGGUAUUUAACAUGCGGCAGAACAAGCUCAGCUAUCAAAGCCAACUGUUAUUACUUGAGAUGCCAGGCCUUCUAAGAUAACUCCAGUAUGAUCAGGGAGAAAAUCAGAUUCCAUAGUUGUGAUCUUGAGAUUAUUACAUUCUCAUGUGCAAAGUUAAACCAGGGCUACAGAUGUCACGCACAACCUAAACAUAAUGCCAUAUAGAGAAGAUAGUGAUGCAACAUUGCAGGUUGUAAUAAACAAGAGCUAACAGCCUUCCAGUCGGAAGCAAACAGAACUGUGUAGCUUUACAAUAAGCCACACGAAGACAGGUGUCAGGUCAACGGACGGAGCUCACUGAACGACAUGCAACAGGUGCAAGUUGAUAGUCUUUACCUCCAGGAGAGUUUCAUGAAAUAUUAUAAUACAAUGGGAGUUUUUUAUGUUGUCACUGCAGAGUUGAUCUGUAGUUCCAUACUGAUAAUGUUCCUGCUGGAAGAAGCUGGACCACUGAUUCAUCUGCACUCCUUAACUAAAUACCUCAGAAUAUAGUUUGUGUCAAAUCCCAUCUGUUUACAGGACAAGUACAUUUGUGUUGUUAUUGUCAUUAUAUAAUAAAGAUUACU